AGAAGAGCCCGGAAAAAAGCAGAAGGAGGAGCCAGCUCCAACGUCUUCUCCAUGUUCGAUCAGUCCCAGAUCCAGGAGUUUAAAGAGGCCUUCACCAUCAUGGAUCAGAACCGGGACGGCUUCAUUGACAAGGAGGACCUGAGGGACACCUUUGCUGCCCUGGGCCGCAUCAAUGUAAAGAAUGAGGAGCUGGAGGCCAUGGUGAAGGAGGCCCCUGGGCCCAUCAACUUCACCGUCUUCCUGACCAUGUUUGGGGAGAAGCUGAAGGGUACGGACCCCGAGGAGACUAUUCUCCACGCCUUCAAGGUGUUCGACACUGAAGGGAAAGGUUUCGUCAAGGCUGACUUCAUCAAAGAGAAGCUCAUGACUCAGGCAGACCGGUUCAGUGAGGAGGAGGUCAAGCAGAUGUUUGCCGCUUUCCCACCAGAUGUGUGUGGCAAUCUGGACUACAGGAACCUGUGUUACGUCAUCACGCAUGGCGAAGAGAAGGACUAG